AUGCCCAGAAGAAACCACCAUCCAGACAGCAACUUUUUCAGAGUGAAAGGACACAGCUAUCUUGCAGCAGAAGAAGCUCUGGGCAUUGGACUCUUUAUUUUGGUGCUGGCGAUUUUACUUAUCUUUGGCUGCUGGUAUUACAAAAGACGUGGUGGCUAUAAAAGUCUGCGGAGCAAAAGCUCUAUUAUGGACACAGUCCGGACAGUGGCAGAUGAUGGAACAGUAGUGGAUUCUAAAGCACCUCUCCAGGACUACAACAACUUUAAUUCUGAGGUACCUGAUGCUCCACCAGCUUAUGACAAAAUUGCUGCAGAACAGUCACCACCACCUUAUACACCAUGA